CAUUAUCCCAUCAAAAACAAACGCAACGCUCAGUUCGAUUCAAAUGGAGCAGCAUGGUUGUUUUCAAUCUCACUAUCCAGCACAUUCCAGCACGACACACUUGGUCAGAGUGAGAGGGCAAGAUUAUGGCACGUACGAAAGGCCAAAUAGGUACGAGAAAAAUGCUCCGUUUCUGAAGGCGAUCGAAAGCAAGCAAAAACGCUUUUCACACGCUCGUCACCGUUGACGCCGCGCGUGUUCAUGCGCAGGACGCGUUUUGCGAGCUGCUGCGUGCUGUGCUGGGAAAACAGAAACAUAAAUAUAUAUCUUGUCAAGCUCUUUUUUCCCUGCACCCCGACAGUACACUGGAGGUUCCGUUUUCGCAUCGUUGCCGCUACCAUUUGUGGGGCAACAGCGGUGAAAAUCCGGUCUCAUUCGCAACAUUCCUUUGCUGAUCUCUCCUGUUGCGGUUGUUUUGGUGGUGGUCUGGGCUGUGCGUUGGGGGGGAACCGUACGGCGAAGAAAAAAACAAACGGCUCGUACUGAUUUUCCACGAAAAGUGUGCAAACAACCUGUCCAAACAUGUCCUGUGUGAAUACAUACUCACUAGCAGUUCGGUGUUACUGUGCCGUUCCACAUCUGAAUCAUCAGUCGGUGUCGGGUGCCGCUGAAAAUCUGUUCAAUUCGCGUGCCACACAGUGAUUGACCAAACGCGAAGGAAAGAAAUGUUAUCGAUUGCGUGUGACCUUUACGGCGGCGGAGUAGUGCGUACGGGAUAAAACUGUUUCGCUGCUUGUUCCACCCUCUGUGCUAAAGUUAUCAGACAGCAGGCGGCGACAACGACGACGACGACGACGCUGUCGUGUAAGAGAAGGAUGAACGUGAAAAAUCGAAACGAUCGAAACGUGUUGAGUUUGUGCGACGACAGCCCAGUGCAAGGGAAAGAACCCCUGCCGGGUAUCCGGUACCUCCGCGGUACAUCAUCCAGCGUAAUUUAAAACGAAUCCCACUACUCCCGUUCUUCCCCGUUCAGUGAAGAAACACUUGCCCGAGCGCACUGCGUUUUACCCCGUGGGAGGGUUAACCGUUCCGAAACAGCUGCGGGUGGCUUAGCUGCGUUGGGCGUUAAGGGAAAAGGUCACGCGGCCGCAGCGGAGCUGGAACGAUGAUGGAAGCGUCGGAAAAUGGGAGCAGCGCCGGUGGCGGCGGUGGUGGGGGUGGAAGCAACGGGGGCGGACACACCUCGUCCUACGAGCCGCUGGAAGGGCGUCGUACCUUUGACACUUCCGACAGUCCCGAGCUGGACGGUGGAGGACCUCCGAAGGAUCGGCGGCGGCUUGUGUUUUUCGCCCUCAUGACGGCCGGUGUCGGUUUCGUGCUUCCCUAUAACAGCUUUAUAAUCGCCGCCGACUACUGGCAGUCACGGUUUCCCGGCCAAUCGGUUGCACUGGACAUGUCGAUGACUUACAUCAUCGUCGCACUGGCGACGGUGCUGCUAAACAACGUGUUUCUCACGCUGGCUCCCUUCCGGGUACGGGUGGCAUUCGGCUACGCCGUUUCCUUCACAACGCUCGUGUUUGUGGCGCUGUGCGAAGUUGCGUGGCACAUGUUCACCGCCAAAACGGCCUACUCCGUCAAUCUGGCGGCCGUUUCGCUUGUUGCUAUGGGCUGUACCAUCCAACAGUCAAGCUUCUAUGGGUUUGCGAGUAUGCUACCAAAACAGUACACGCAAGCGGUAAUGGCGGGCGAAAGUUUGGCUGGGUUCUUGGUUUCUUCCAAUCGUGUCGUCACGAAGCUGUUGAUCAAGAGUGACCGCGCCUCGACAGCGAUCUUCUUUCUGACGUCGACCGUGUACAUUGCGUUCAGCUACGUGCUGCACUCGAUCACCACACACUCACCGUUCGUGCGGUACUACAUGAAGGCUUGUGCCAAAAUCGUCCUGCGUCCUGACGACGAUCACACUUUGAGUGAAACCCUUGAUGGAGACAUAUCGAGCACGCGGUACGGCGUGCUCACACUAGACUCGAGUCCACCCGUACAUAUGCCAACAGGAUCAACGGCAUUAAGCUUCAGCAAUCCUGUAUAUGACUUGUCGAAUCCCACGGCCGGUGAGACAGUGCUUGAAACAAACAUGACGAACCUGACGUCGUCGGGCGACGUGACCACACGUUCCAUCACUGCGACGACCGCACCGAACUCAGACCUACCGAACGUAGCGUUCAAGGUAGAACAUGUGAUGACGCCGGACAUCUGCAGCUCCGGCCGAUUGGGUAGCUUUCGUAGCGGGCUCGAAUCUCGGUGGAAAGUGGCACGAGCCAUCUACCCGUACAUGGCUUGCAUCGCCAUGGCAUACUGCGUAACGCUGUCACUCUAUCCCGGCAUCGAAUCGGAGAUCAUUUCCUGCAACCUUGGCACCUGGAUGCCGGUACUGCUGAUGUUCACGUUUAACGCUUCCGAUGUGGCCGGCAAAUUGCUGGCCGCCGUACCGUACAGCUGGUCCCGCCGGCAGCUUAUACUUAUGUCCGGGCUGAGGGCACUUCUUGUCCCACUGAUUCUGCUUUGCUGCUCACCUCGCGAACAGCCUGUCAUCGCUGGCGAGGCGGCUGCAUUUAUAUUCACCGCGGCACUAGGAAUAACUAACGGGCUGGCCGGCAGUUUGCCGAUGAUGCUCGCCCCGGACAAGGUGUCCGCGACAUUGCGUGAAGUCACCGGCAACAUGAUGACGCUGUCGUACAACAUUGGUCUAACGGCCGGUUCGCUCGUGGGGUACGUGUUCGAUGCCAUGCUCGGACCGCAACUUCCUAACCCCUGUCCGCAGUAUCCGUUUGUACCGCCGAAGCCAAAUCAACCGCCCACGGGCAUCGGUAUUAACGGCAGCCAUCCGGUGGCUGGCAGUGGAGGCAUCAGUAGCAGCAGCACGAGCACCACCGUAGCAACCCUGCUCACAACGCUUACAGUGGCAGCUCUGCGCAGUACGGCAAGCAGUCCCAUGGAGACGAGUACCAUAUCAUCAGUGCACUCCACCGUUUCCACCACUACCAGUGUGGCCAGUUUAUCGACGCUCCGGAGCGGAUUGGAUAUGGUCGGUUCCACAACAUCUUCCCCCAGUACGUCCCCAACGACACAAUCAUUUGAUAGUGCGCAACUUGCAACGGUAGCCGCGACCUUCCUCUACAACGCCACCAGCUCUCUAUUCGAUCCCAGCUCAUCCCUAGACUAGAAGAGGUAAAACACAGGAAUGAUUCCACAAUUCUCCGCUUCGUUUAGAAACCAUCCAACAAAAACGUUUUCUCCAUGCAGUAGUAGUGGGUGCAGGACUUGAGUGUGCAUGAGGGUGUAUGUUUAUAAAGCGAUCUCCUUAUCCUCCUCUCAUUCACAUGUUUACAUUCUCGAUCUCAACGGGACGUCUUAAAACUAGCAUUUGAGUAACUGCAGGGUACACAUUUGGAAGCGAGCUUUGAUGGAUUAACUCUAAUCACAAUGUUUUUGGCGAUAUUCCGAACCGUGCUUGGAAGGACCUUGCAACAAACAGUUGUAUAAAAUGUGUGUAUGUGUUGUUUACAGGGUGAGUCAUUCUUGAACGGACAUCGGAAAACGGAGAAGGCUUAGGAUCAGUAGAAGAAGAUUACAUGUAGGAACAACCGUCGGGAUUUCUGUUUUGUUAUUGUCAUGAGGUACGCGCAGGGCUAAUAAUCGAUUCGUUUCAAGAGCAAGAACGCAAACGAUAGAAAUGUGACCAGAUACCAAAGAGAAGAGAAGACAAUGCACUUAGCUGUACCACAGGCUACCGGCGCGCUGUAUAAAUGGAUGUAGGUGCAAGCAAGUAAAGCAAACAAAAAUCCACUUAAAAAUACACACAAACACACAUUCAAUAGCAACUUGUGACCGAUAAAACAUGAUGUAAAAUAAAUGAUAAUAAUUACUGUACUAGAUCGCGAA